UUAGCAAACUUUGUACGAAAAUAAAGUGUUCAUUUCUCCAACACACAUAUAUAAGCUACAUAUAGUGUUUGUUAGACAAACGCGUUCGAUUAAUUUCAUGAUUUCACUUUAUUCAGUGUACAAUGAUUUCAACAACACUUUUUUUUCCUAACUUUUCUGUAUUCUUAUUAAAAAUAAAUCCUGUUUCCUUGAAUCGAAGACCGUUAGAGGAACUGGGAGCUGAGUCCCAUCGAACAGCCGAAGAUGAAUCGCAAACUGGUAAAGACAAAUCUGAUUGGCCAAUACACAUUGAAGAUAAAUUAAUAAAAAAUAAAAUUAAUCAAAUUAUCCAUCUCUUCAUCCCACACUGCAAACACGACAUUAAAAAAUGUCGUGGAACAAAAAAAACUACCAGAGAUAUUUAUAAGCUAUCAUUUUAUUGUCGUCGCAGUUUUAAAGCUUUGGCACCAGGCGGUGCUGCAGCACAUGCCGCACCCCUACUUGCUGCGAUGAGAUUUUUUUGUUUUCUAUGUUACGGCUGCCGUCUAAUGUGCGACUGUUUAACAAAGACGAAAGUCAACUCAUUUACGGAGUUUUCUAUCUCAUCAGGAAGUUCCUGCCCAUUUCCGAUAUGCAGUCCAUGGCGUCUCUUGGUAGAACUUUGGUCUUCCUUGACCUGGAGACCACGGGAUUAGACACCUGGCAGUGUGAUAUCAUCCAGCUGGCGGCCAUCAGCGGAGUUCACUCCUUCAACAUUUACAUGAUGCCCCAAGUCGCCAUCGACAGAGGGGCCACGGCGGUCAAUGGCUUCAGCGUCAGCGAUGGCGCCCUCCUGCUGCGCGGUACAGCCAUGCCCACCGCCACCUUGACUGAGGCACUGACCUCCUUCCUUGACUUCCUGCGGUCCUUAGAGCAGCCCGUGCUGCUGGCCGCACACAACGCCAGACGCUUUGACAAACCUGUACUGGACAGAGCGCUACUCGGUUGUUCCCUCGCCAGGCAGUUCCAGCAGCUGGGCUCCAGAUUCUUGGACACCUUACCGCUCAGUAGGGCGCUACAUCCAGGGUUAGACAGCCAUUCACUAGUGAAUCUGUCGGGCUACUUCCUACCUAGACACUACAAUGCCCAUGAUGCAUUGGAGGAUGUUAGGGCUCUGCAGGAGCUGUACAAUUGUUGGAAUCCCCGUCAAGGGACUUUGGAUCAGUUUGUGUUCUAGCAGCCAAGACAUGCAAUCGAGCGCUUGUUGUAUUACAUUUACAUUAGGUAAUUUAGCAGACGCUUUUUUCCAAAGCGUCUUACAAUAAGUACAUUUUUUCAUAAGAAAGUGAAAUAAUGUAUCGCUGUCGGUAGCCUACAAUAAGGAGAUACCGAAGGAGGAGUUACGACUUAGUGAAAACUGCAAUGUUAAUGUUCAAAUCAUGGAUCAUCUCAUUUUAUUUGAUUACAGUUUGAAUUCUUUCUGCUUUGAUUGCUUUUUUUGUUUCAAAAUAUUUUCCCAAUGGUGUUUUUGUCUAUUAAACCAUCUCAUAACCAA